AUGACCCCCAAGACACUAGCCUGGCUAAUAACCGGCUGCUCCUCCGGCUUCGGUCUCUCCCUCGCGCGCGCCGCCCAAGCCAGCGGCCACAGAGUCAUCGCCACCUCGCGUAAUCCCCCUCGCACUCCUGACCUCGUCACAGAGAUCGAGAGCAAAGGAGGCAAAUGGGUCCAACUAGACGUCGAUAGCGCGCAAAGCGGUGACGAUUCGUUCCGUCUUACCAAGAUCCUGGCGAAAGAAGUAGCCCCGUUCAACAUCCGCAUACUAACUGUUAUCCUAGGGACGUUCAACACGAACAUGCGUAACUCUAUUGUUCUAGGGACGGCCCCUCUCCCUGAGGACUAUAAGGGGACAUUGACGGAACAGGUGCAGGGGCUUCUUUUGAGUGGCAAGAUCAAGCCUAAUGGGGACAAGGACAAUGCUAUGCAGGCCUUAUACGAGGUUGUAGUUGGCGAGGAGCACACGGCGGAGAAAUUGCUGCCGUUGGGGAGUGGAUAUGGUUCCUCGGUUGCAGGGAGCGAGGGAUUAUCUUGGGCAUGCGAUUGA